AUGAAUAUUGUGAAAAAUCAGAAGAUGUUACAAGAUAUCGUAGCCAAAUCUGCUUCACUGGACAGCGCCAGAGUCGCUGUCACAUUUGAAAGCGGCUCUGGACAUUCUGUGUCUCUGUCAUAUGGCGAGGUUUUUGCGCUUAGGGAUGACCUAUCUCAUAAUCUGCGGAGGCACUGCUUAAGAAAUGAUGGAGUGAUUGCGUUGUAUUGUGAUACCGAUUUGUAUCUACCUGUCUGGAUUCUGGGAAUUCUCCAGUUACCUGCUGCUUAUGCAGUGCUUGACCCAGAAGCCCCUGGACGUCUCUCUGUACGCGUAAUGAGCCAGUGUGAUAUCAAGUACUGUGCAGUGCAGACUAAGUUGCUUGAGCGAUUCCAGACAGCUUUCUCCAAACUCAUUACUAUGGAAGUUUGUGCAGUGUUGACUGAGUACAACCUAACAUUAAUACAAGUACAGCUACUGCCACCUGCUGUACACGACCAUGAAGGAGCAGAACAACAAAGAAACCAGAAUUUGGAUGAUGCUGGUCUCUCUUCCUCGGCAAUCCAGGCAGAAGAUAUUGGACAUAGAGAUUUAGCUUAUGUGCUACACACAUCUGGAACAACGGGACUUCCAAAGAUUGUAAGGGUACCACACAAGUGUAUUGUACCCAAUAUACUGCAUCUCAGAACAUUGUUUCAGAUGAGUGCAGAGGAUGUAGUGUUCCUGGCCUCCCCACUGACCUUUGACCCAUCUGUGGUGGAAAUUUUUUUGGCGUUAUCAUCUGGGGCCCAGCUCCUCAUUGUCCCCACUGUGAUAAAGAAGAUGCCCAAUCGGCUGGCUCAACUGCUAUUUAAGAACCAUAGGACAACUGUCCUGCAGGUCACCCCUACCCUGCUGAGGCGCUUUGGUCGUCAUAUUCUAAAUAGAGAGGUGUUGUCUGCCGGCUCCUCUCUCCGUGUACUGGCUCUGGGUGGUGAGGCCUGCCCCUCCCCAGCCCUGAUCAAGAGCUGGAAACAGGAGGGAAACAAAACUCACAUUUACAAUAUCUAUGGCAUCACUGAGGUGUCCUGCUGGGCCAGCUGUUACCAAAUUCCAGAGAGUGUACUGCAGUCCAAUGAGCCGUUUCCACUCUGUAUACCCCUUGGAAGCCCUCUGAUGGGCACAACUCUUGAAGUGAGAGAUGAACAGGGUUGCAUUGUCACAGAGGGUGAGGGGCAGGUGUUCCUAGGUGGAAAGGACAGAGUGUGCCUCUUAGAUGAUGAAUCAGCUGCUGUCCCUGGGACAAUGCGAGUUACUGGUGACUGGGUGAAGGUUAAGGACAAACACCUUUACUACCUUGGACGAAGAGACAGGCUGAUCAAACGUCAUGGUCAACGGGUGAACUUGGAUAACUUGCAGCAAGUAAUAAUGAGCCUGCCUGAGGUAGAGUCCUGUGCUGUUGGUCUGUAUGAAGGCUCUUGGCUGGUGGCCUUUGUUGUGGCAACUACAUCUGGAGAUCAAAAGGCAACUUUUAUGUUCCCAUCUGUACAUCAGCAUAAGAACCAAAGUCCCCCUGCCUCUGCCGAUAAUCAGGAAGACCUCACUUCCUCCAUAGGCCACCAUGAAGAGAGAUACACUUCAAACAAUGACCCUCAAAAGGCGAUUCUCCACCAUCUGAAUUUACUUGUGCCCGGUUACAGUGUUCCAGACACACUUGUACUUGUUCCCGCCUUACCUCUGUCCUCCCACGGUAAAGUAGAUGCAAGUGCACUUAUGAAAAUAUACCAAAGGCAGAGAGAGCGUUUAGCGAGUGAUAAUUCAUUGAGGAAUGAGGCCGAACUAAAACAAAAACUGAAGUCUUUGUGGCAAGAUGCUCUAGGUCUUGCCAAAGAUGCAGCCGUUGAGGGGGAAUCUCACUUCCUGUUUAGUGGAGGAGAUUCUUUGAAGGCUUUGCGCCUCUAUGAUGACAUCAUCACUGCUGUAGGAACAGCCUUACCAGGACUUUUGGAAGUCAUACUUGAUGGAAAUUUCUUAGCUGUACUAAACCACGUUACCAGAGCAACAAUGACACUCCCAUUUGAGAACAGCUCGACAUCUCCAUCUGAUGGCAAAAAACGGCAAGCAGAUCCUCUCUGUGAAGUGCUGGCCAAAAGGGAACGCACAGAAACCAGUUGUACAGCAGAUGCACAGAAACAAGAGGAGAUUGGCGUUUCUUCCGAAACAAUGGCAGUAAAGGUUAUUCGAAGGGCAGGUGAGGUUACGGACAAAGGGCCUUCGUUGACUGUACGAACCAGUGGAAGGAGGUUUAGCAAUGGAAACUCCCCUAGUGGAGAGACCGGUUCGCCCCGGCUGGAUCUGAGCUGGUCCUCAGACACGGGCAGAUGUGUGGAUGCCUCACCAGUCCUUCUUGUGCAAGGAAGGGCAGAUCAGCGACCAGGCUUAACCAAAACAACUGUGUUCAUCGGCUCCCAUUCUCAUAGGAUGCAGGCCCUCGACCUGGCCACGGGAGAGCUGCUGUGGGAACGGGUCCUGGGGAAUAGGAUUGAGUCAUCGGCUGCUGUGACUCGCUGUGGAACCCUUGUGGUCGUCGGUUGCUACGAUGGCUGUGUGUAUUUCUUAUGUGCGGCUUCUGGAGAGACUCGGUGGGUAUUUCAGACAGGGGACGCCGUGAAGAGCUGUCCGACUGUGGAUCCCCUCACAGGGCUGGUGAUAGUGGGCUCACAUGAUGGCCAUGUUUAUGCCCUAAAUCCACAGGUUUGUCAGUGUGCGUGGAGGCAACACUGUGAGGGUGGGGCUGUGUUUUCUUCCCCAUACCUUGACCUUAUCUACAGACGGUUAUAUGUGGCGUCACUCGGAGGGCUCCUCCUAUGUCUCAACCCCGAUAAUGGAGAUGUCCUAUGGACGUACUCCAGAGGGACUCCAUUUUUUUCAUCUCCAAAUGGUGCUAAUGGUCAGGUUGUGAUUGGCUCUGUGGAUGGAAACAUUUGUUGUUUCAGCAACACAGGAAAAUUGCUUUGGGAGUUUUUGACUAAAGGACCCGUAUUCUCAUCACCGACUUACACUCCAGACCAGCAAAGGGUUUUUUGUGGAUCACAUGAUGGUCUUUUGUACUGUCUGAACUGUACUGAUGGCUCUUUAAUCUGGAGCUUUCAGACCUCAGCAAAGGUUUACUCCAGCCCCUGUACACUUAGUGGCUCUACUGUGGGCAGAAGGGGCAUCCUUGUGGGAACAGCCUCCACAGAUGGAACGAUAUGGAUCCUGGAUGGCCAGGAGGGUACACUGGUCAGUUCCCUCACUCUCCCUGGUGAGUUGUUUUCUUCCCCCGUAGUGUGGAAACACUCCCUCGUGGUGGGAUGUCGCAAUGACUUUGUGUACUGCAUCAAGCUGACAGACAAAAGGGAAAGGCAAAGGAACUCCUGAGAUCCUUUUGGUUAUGACUCCCAUGUGUGCUUGCAUUAAACAUGAAUACAACAUGGGAAAUACGUGUAUGGCUGUUUGGUUCCUCCUAGUGAGACACUGUGAGAAGACUGUUGGGCCAAACAGAUUUUUUUUUUUUAAUCUAUGAAA